AUGAGAACUAUCUUUUUUGGAAGUGGUUUGUUUCCUUUACCUAUAUUUCAAAGAUUGCAUAAAUUGACAGCAAUAGAUCCUAAAGUGAGUUUAAUCACAGUACCUAAUCAUUCACAUAAGGAGAAAAAUUAAAUUAAAGAUUAUGCUUCAUAAUAACAAUUUAGUAAAUUUUCUAUAUUUAAAAAGAAAUUUAUUAACCAAAUUUAUCUGAUAAAAGCAUUAGUUUUGUAAAUGAAAUACAAGAUCAACCAGAUUUAGGGAUUGUAUGCAAUUAUGGAUACAUGAUUCCAAGUCAGAUUAUUGAUAUUUUUAAGAAGGGAGUUUAUGUGAUUCAUCCUUCUUUAUUGCCAAAAUAUAGAGGAGCAGCUCCAAUUCAAAGAGCUAUUUUGAAUGAUGAAUAAAAAACAGGUGUGUCAUUUAUUGAAAUUUCAAAGAAUAAGUAAUUAUAUAUGAAUAUCUAGAGAUUUGAUGCAGGUGCAAUCUUAUUGAAGAAAGAAUUAGAUAUUCUUGCAGUAGAUAGAUAUAAAGAAUUAUCUUAGAAAUUAUCUUAAUUGACAGCAGAUUCAAUUGAAGAAUUUAUUAAUAAUAUUGAUAAUUUUGAAAGAUUAAGUUAGAAUGCAAGUGAAACAACUAAAGCCCCUAAAAUUACUCAAGCAGAUUUAAAAGUGGAUUUCAAUAACACAGCUACUAAAAUUUAUAAUUAAUAUAGAGCAAUUUAUGGGACUAAUUUCCAUAGUUUGAAAUUGAAAUAUCAAGAGAGAGAAUUCUAUUUAGAGAACAUUACAUUGAUAAAUGACUUAGAAGAAGAACAUCUAAAAUUAUAUAAUGGAGUUGAGAAUGGUACAAUAUGGUUAAUAAGGAACAAACAAUUUAAAAACUAUUUCUACAUUAAAUGUAAUGAGAAUAGUUGGAUAAGAGUUUAAGAAUUUAGAUUUUGUGAUAGAGGAAGUAGUUAAGCUGCUUAUACCUUUAAGAACUAAUUCUUGAUGAAUUUCAAAUUUGAUAGUUUGGAUAACUAUUUCAAGUUAAAUUAUUGA